CCGGGGGAGGGGCAGGGGGAAUCGUUUAAAGACAGGCAGGGGCAUUGUGCUCCAAACAGGAAGCUCUGAUAUUUCCUCUUUGCAGCUGAUCUUUCGGAAUCCCGAAGCCACUCUGGAGCGAAGAGGUGCAACCUCUGGGCUGUGUAACCACAUCAGGCUCUUGCAGCUGUAGUGACAGCUGGAACAGAAAGAUCAGAUUACAUUUCUCUCAUUGUUUCCACGCCCCCCUCUCUCUCUCUGCACCCACAGCCCUACAUUCUGAAGCUGAAAGGAGAAGAAGCAAACACAACACUCCUUGGGGAGUUAUCUCGCCUUCCUUUCGCAAAGUAUUUAGCAUUGCCAACUGCUGGGAAUGUUGCGUAAAGUGAGAAUGGGUGUUCUCCUGGCUGCCAUCACACAACUUACGUUCAGUUUUGUGGCUUGUGAAACAACGGAAGCUUCUGAGGAUGAAUAUGAAUACGGAGAUGUUGUGGGUCCUGCUUUAGCCCCCCUGAAACUAGGCAUGUCAAUCUGCGGCAAGAAGGCAGACAGCGGCCCAUGCAAAGCCUUACACACCCGAUAUCAUUUCAACAUUUUGACGCGCCAUUGUGAAAUUUUUAACUUCGGUGGAUGUCAAGGCAAUGAGAACAACUUUCUGACUCUCGAAGAAUGCCAGGAAAAGUGUGUAGUAUCAGAUUUGCCUGAAAAGAAAAAAAGAUCAAAAUUCAAGAAAGAACAGCCUGAAUUCUGCCUUCUGGAGAAUGACCCUGGAGUCUGUCGUGGAUUGAUUACCAGGUACUUCUACAACAGAGAGUCACUGAAGUGUGAAAAGUUCCUGUAUGGUGGUUGCCUAGGAAACCAAAACAACUUUCGGUCUUUGAAGGAAUGCCAGGAUACCUGCCAAGAUACGUUGCCUUUAUCCAAUGGACUGAAAACAGAGGAUGAUGUCGUGCUGUUUAGCAGAGUGAAUGAAAGCACCCCACUUGUCGAACAAGAGCCUCUCCUUCUGCCUUCCCUCUGCAUGAUGCACAUGGACAGAGGUCUUUGCAGAGCCCAAGCAAAAAGGUUCUUCUACAACUACUCAACUGGAAAGUGCCGCCCCUUCAGCUACAGCGGAUGUGGUGGGAACGAAAACAACUUUACGACAAGAAAGUCGUGCCUGCAGAUGUGUAAGAAAGGUUUCUUUCCCAAAAAAAGGGGUAUGAUGAAAAUCCGCAGGAAAAGGAAGAGACAACGAGUAAAGCUGAUUAAUGAUGAAAUUGUCAUUGAAAGGAUAUAAUCACCACUCAAGUGCUCUGGAAAUUUAUUGUUUUGACCACAUCAUUUGUAUUACCUGCUUUAUUUAACAUUUUCCAUACUCAUUAUUUACCAGUGCUUUUGUGUUUCCUUUUCCUUUAUAAUUAAAACAAAAACAAAAACUGA